CCCUCUGCCGGCAGCAGCCCAGCCGGUCCCUCCGAUCCCACCCGGCAGCCUCACGCUGGGGCCGCUGCCGGCUGGGGCUGCCCGGGAGCUCUCAGCCCGUCCUGCCAGCCCUGCCCAGCUCUGUCCAGCUCUGUCCAGCCCUGUCCAGCCCUGCCGAGCCCCCCGGGCCCUUCCACCGCCGCCCCGGCCGCCAAAAGUUGUGCGGAGCUGCGAGGAUGGGAGCGCAUCUGCAGCCGCUGGCCCUGCGGCUCCUGGCGCUGACUUUCCCCUUGGUGGCCAAGGGUUUUCCCGACGAAACCUUGGAGAAAGCCUCCAAAUCCGAGGGAUAUUGCAGCCGGAUCCUGCGAGCCCAAGGCACCAGGAGGGAAGGGUACAAUGAAUUCAGCCUCAGGGUGGAGGGCGACCCAGAAUUUUACAAGCCUGGGAACAGUUACCGGGUGACGCUUUCUGCUGCCACUCCUGCCUACUUCCGAGGGUUCACCUUGAUCGCCCUCAAGGAAGGAAAAGAAGGUGACAAAGAGGAAGACCAUGCAGGAUCUUUCCAGAUCAUAGAUGAAGAGGAAACCCAGUUCAUGAGCAACUGUCCUGUUGCUGUGACUGAGAGCACACCUCGGAGGAGAACACGAAUCCAGGUGUUCUGGACAGCUCCUCCCGCUGGGACAGGCUGUGUGAUCCUGAAAGCCAGUAUUGUGCAGAAGCGCAUCAUUUAUUUUCAAGAUGAGGGCUCUCUCACCAAAAAAAUUUGUGAACAAGACUCAGCCUCGGAAGGUGUGACUGACAAACCAAUUUUAGACUGUUGUGCCUGUGGUACUGCCAAAUACAGGCUGACUUUUUAUGGAAACUGGUCAGAAAAAACACAUCCCAAAGAUUUUCCACGACGCACCAACCACUGGUCUGCCAUCAUCGGUAGCUCCCACUCCAAGAAUUACAUCCUGUGGGAGUAUGGAGGAUAUGCCAGCGAAGGAGUCAAACAAGUGGCAGAGCUGGGGUCCCCAGUGAAGAUGGAAGAAGAAAUUCGGCAGCAGAGCGAUGAGGUCCUGACAGUGAUCAAGGCCAAGGCACAGUGGCCAGCCUGGCAACCUCUGAAUGUGAGAGCUGCUCCCUCUGCUGAGUUUUCCGUGGAUCGCCACCGCCACCUGAUGUCUUUCCUCACCAUGCUGGGCCCCAGCCCCGACUGGAACGUGGGGCUCUCUGCCGAGGAUCUCUGCACCAAGGACUGCGGCUGGGUCCAGAAAGUGGUGCAGGAUUUGAUCCCCUGGGAUGCUGGCACCGACAGCGGCGUCACCUAUGAGUCUCCUAACAAACCUACAGUACCUCAGGAGAAGAUCAGACCUCUGACAAGCUUAGACCACCCUCAAAGCCCAUUUUAUGAUCCAGAAGGAGGAUCUAUCAAGCUGGUGGCCAGAGUUGUCAUUGAGAGAAUUGCACGAAAGGGGGAGCAGUGCAAUAUCGUUCCUGACAACAUAGAUGAUAUUGUGGCAGAUCUAGCACCAGAGGAAAAAGAAGAAGAUGACACCCCUGAGACCUGCAUAUACUCAAACUGGUCACCAUGGUCAGCCUGCAGCUCCUCUACCUGUGAAAAGGGCAAGAGGAUGAGGCAGAGGAUGCUGAAAGCUCAGCUGGACCUGAGUGUGCCCUGCCCUGACACCCAGGACUUCCAGCCCUGCAUGGGCCCGGGCUGCAGUGAUGAAGAUGGUUCCACCUGCAUGAUGUCUGACUGGAUUACGUGGUCCCCCUGCAGCGUCUCCUGCGGGAUGGGAACGAGAUCCAGGGAGAGAUACGUGAAGCAGUUCCCCGAGGAUGGCUCCAUGUGCAAAGUGCCUACUGAAGAGACUGAGAAGUGUGUUGUAAAUGAGGAAUGCUCUCCCAGCAGCUGCCUCGUCACUGAAUGGGGUGAGUGGGACGAGUGCAGUGCCAGCUGUGGCACGGGGAUGAAGAGGAGGCACAGGAUGAUCAAGAUGACUCCAGCUGAUGGAUCCAUGUGCAAGGCAGAGACCACUGAGGCAGAGAAGUGCAUGAUGCCCGAGUGCCAUACCAUCCCCUGCCUGCUCUCUCCCUGGUCUGAGUGGAGUGACUGCAGUGUAACCUGUGGGAAGGGAAUGAGAACCAGGCAGAGGAUGCUGAAAUCUGCUGCUGAGCUGGGAGACUGCAACGAGGAGCUGGAGCAGGCAGAGAAAUGCAUGCUGCCAGAAUGCCCCAUCGACUGCGAGCUGACGGAGUGGUCCCAGUGGUCCGAGUGCAACACCUCCUGUGGCAAGGGCCACAUGAUCAGGACGAGGAUGAUUAAAAUUGAGCCCCAGUUUGGGGGAGCAGCUUGCCCUGAGACCGUCCAGCGUACAAAAUGCAGGGUGAGGAAGUGCCUGAGGGGAGCUGGGAUGGAGAAGAGGCGCUGGAAGGAGGCCCGGGAGAAAAGGAGAAGUGAGCAAGCAAAGAAGAAUUUAGAUAGUGAGCAAUAUCCAGUUUGUAGGCUGAAACCAUGGACUGCUUGGACAGAGUGUUCUACACUCUGUGGAGGUGGAAUUCAGGAGCGCUACAUGAUGGUAAAGAAGAGGUCCAAAAGCACUCAGUUUACCAGCUGCAAAGACAAAAAGGAGCUAAGAGCAUGUAAUGUCCAUCCUUGUUAACAAAACACAAGGUUCCAAGUGAUGCACUCGGAGCUAAAUGGAAAGUCAACCUUGGUUUGUUUUUUUUUUUUUUAGAACAACAACAAAAAAAAUAUAAAGUGUAUAUUAGUUUUCAUUUUUUGCAGUGUGGUUUGCUUUUUAGUCUUGCUGGGGCAAGAAAAAUAUUUUAUAAAUAUUUCCUCACGGAUUUAUGCUGAGAGUAAAUCUUUGGUACUCCAGCUAGCCCUUAAUGCAUAAAAAUAAUAAAGUCAUGGUGAGUUACUUAAUUAAAAUACAGACACAUGUGUGGACAUGGACUAGCCAUGUAGAAAUACCACUUGUAAAGACAUGGGAUGCAUGCAUAUUAACAAAACUAAGUUCAAGUGACAGAAAGUUUCAUCUGUGGGAGGAUUUCUCUCUAGGUUUGAUUUUGCAAAUCCAAAGCAGUGCCUCUGUGAUUACACAACUAUGCCAAGGAGUUACUUCAGUAAUGCUGGUUCAAUAACAUUAAAGGUGCAUGUUUAUCUUUUUACACUAUUGGCUUGAGCUGAUAGUUAUUAUUGGAAUAAUAAUAAUAAUCCUGAACACUUUUCUUCACAUGGAUGCUGUGGUCCAUGCAAGAAGGUCCUUUUUUCUUCAAAACUUAAAAAGGAAAUAAUUUUGGCAGCUCAAUAAUGAUGUCUGACACGAUCACAGUCAAGAAAAACAAACCUGCCAGUGUCAUAAUAUGUGUCCAGUCCAUACUGGGUCCAUCCAUUGCCUUCCAAAACGGACACAGAACUGGUACAAAUUACUGCAGACCAUCUCAACAGCUCUGCCACAGGAUGUCUUCCACAUGAGAGACACUAAAAAAUUAGAUCCAGCUUCCCAAGGAUCCUAUUCGCAGGUGGAGAGGGAGACAGGUUUAUAAUAAAACAAAAAUGGUAGAGCAAAGGUAAGCCAGGCUCUCAUGCAUCCCUUAAAAGUGAAAUGAGCCUCUGAAAGGAAGCAAUGUCAGCCUUUUAAAAAAUAAACAAAUAUAGAUUGGCACAAGAAUACCUUUACAGCAGUGUCAUUUCUGUCUUUUUUUACUCAGAGUACACAACAAUCUAAAAAUUACUUAAUUUGUGAGAAUUACACAUUUGUGGCUACCCUAGCCAGGUUAAAUGUCCUCCCUGACUACUUCAGUGAUUAAAAAACUACCUGAGAAUAGAAAACACCUUCUCACUCUUCUAAUUGCUAUUUUACCCCAGCUCCUGCAGAAUUUAGCUCUCAUCCCUACACAGUCAGGUGUAAUCAGGGGGACCCUUGGGCCCCACUUGCUAUUGGAAUACAAAAUUUUCUUGUAAUUUUAUUUUCCUGUAAUAAUCUAGCAUUUAGAGGGGAAGGUGAUGGAUUACCUUUUGGUCCAGGCAGGGCAGCAUACCCCUGUGUCUCUACAGGAGUAAGAACAAAGCACUGAAAAUAAAGAUUGUUGAUGCUGACUCUUAAGCUUGAGAGAAAUGAAUGGAGAGAAUGUUUGGGUUUUUUUUUUUUUAAUGGCCUCUAAAGCAGCCUGAAGUAAUUUAUUCACUUCCUUAACACUUGGUCACUACCCUGAGGCAGCUGGGUUUGAAAUAUUGCUGUGUACCACAACCCUCUGAGCUGUUCAUCUUCACCACCACCACCCUGGGGAUCCUCUGUACCUGAACAGGCUCAGUUGGGCUGCUGCCACUAAUUCCAUCAGCAUUUCUCCACUGAACACUGCAAGGGCUGCUCAGGACUUCCACAGCCAUCACAUCCCAUAUUUUGCACAUAUUUUGCUGCUUUCUGUGGCUUUGGAAUGAAGGAAAGGCCGGGGAAAUAAUGGAACCAACAGCAGUGCCAGCCUUUUCCUGCUGCUGCUGAAUGAAAUGGGUGCACACCCAUAGCCAACCAAACCAGGAGGGAAAAAAAGAGUACAACAAGGUUUAAUGCUAAAACCAAACAUUUUACUUUUUGCACAGCUUGGCUCACUCAAUAAUGUUAAUUCAGAUAGUUUUCUUCCUUGUGCCUGCUCCAAAAUCGUGCAGUUUAUGUCUCUGCAGCACUGCCAUCGCAGCAUAGCAGCAAGUCCCUCACUAACGCGUUUAGGACCUCACAUUUCACUUCUAUGACCAAAAAUAAAGAAAACCCAACAAAAGAAAACCCAGCUGAAUGAUGUAGGAAUGGAGGAGUGGCCAGCUGAGCGUAUUUUGGGUGGAGAAACUGCAGAGGAAGGCCACAAAGAUCAAUGCCAGGGGCUCAGCCAGGGCAGAGCCACAUCUCUGGCUGAGCUGACAGAGGUGUCCCAGCUGAGGCCACUCACUCAGAAAAGUAAUCCUGGGCCAUAAAACGUGUGACAGAGAACCUUUAAAGGCCUUGAAAGGUCUGUGAGCCUGGGAAGAGGGAGCAGAAGUUUCUCCUGAAGGGAAAAACUUUGCUGAGUUGAGGAACCAGAUUUAUCUCGUCAACCCUUAGCACUCGCUCAAGCUUAUCUUGCGAAACCGCUCCUGUCUCAGCAAAUAAUCAAUGAACCCAGUGCUGUAUUUUCAUUUUCACAUCUGUUCCCAUCCAUCAAGCUGUUCUGUCUACUAAAUACUCCCUUUGCCAAAGGCCACAUAGUCCAAAUCCACUUUUAGACAACAUACACCACCUUUCUGAACAUGCCCACAAAAUCCCAUUUAAACAAUUUGAUAUUCCUUUCUCUGUGCUUCUCAUUAAUUUGCUUCUCCACAUCCUUUUUUGUUUUGUUUUGUUCUUUCUCUCUUAGAAGGCUGUUCAGUGUGAUUUCCAGUCAUUUCUCUAAGGCUCAUUAAAGUUCUGAAUGUUGCAAAUCGCUUUUUUUUUCCCCCCACCUUGUUACAGAUGAAAUGAGAGAAAAUUUGUGACCACUCCUGCUUCAGCUCUUUCACAUUUGUGUUGCUGUUGAAGCCUUUUAAAGAUCACUUCUCUUUCUUCUAACUUGAUACAAGAGAAACAUUUAGGCUUGUUACAUUUUGUAAUAAAAAAAAGAAAAAAAAAAGAAAAAAGAAAAAAAGAAACACGAACAAAAAACAAACAGAAAAAAAAUAAGAGGUUGAUUUUCUAUUCAGAAAAAUAAAAUAAAAGAAAAGGAAAAGCUCUGAUAUAAAAUAUGUAGAAGUCUUGCAUUGUUACUGUAAAGUUUCUAGUAGUGGAAUAGGCACUGGUUAUCAGUCAGUGAAAGUUCUGAUGUCCUGGAUGAUCCUGCUGAACUCAAAGCACAGAUGUCACACCAGUUUUGUAGACCUCAACUACCAGAUCUUAGCAUCGUGUGUAAUUUUUUUCUAAUAUACAAACAAUAGAAUCUUUACACAUAAUAAAAAAAAGAAACGUUAGGGGCUUAACAAAUGUACAGUAGGACUCUGUUUGUGAGACAUAUGAGUUAAACAAAUUUAUGUUUGAUUGCAUUUUUUAGAUUUCCUUUGUUGUUUUUGUUUGCUGUGGAAUUAUGAAAAAGCUACCAUGAACAUUUCUUACCAAAGUCUUGUGUAGAUGUUUUGUAGCUGUCUGCCUAACACAUUAUUAUUAUUAUUAUUAUAUUAUAUUAUUAUUAUUAUUAUUAUUUUGGAAUAAAGACAUCUUUACUAUGAA